UUAUGGAGUGGAUGUAGGGGGCUAGCUAGGCUUGUGGACUUAAUUUAGGCCCCACGAAGAUUCGUCCAAAUGGGCCUGCUUUUCUCUGAUGUCUGGCCUGCUAAAAUAUAAUAUUUCUAUCUUGAACAAUUUAUGUCGGCUUGCUCACCUGCGACCUUCCGUAGAGCUAUUUAUUUCGCAUUUCAAUAUGUUAGGUAAACAACGACAGUAAAUAUGAUCUUUGUAACCUAGCUGGGGCGAGCGUAGUACAGAAUGAACAAAGCGGCUAAACGGACGGACCCCUAAUCUACUUUCGGAAAAUCACGGUUCAAUGUUAAUGUGUCAACAAUGAAGGCGACUGUCAAGUUCCACAACAAGGAAGUGAAUGCCCCGAAAUUCGUCAUUAUGUACUUUCUUGAGGAAGAAGAAGGAUAUGGGAUGCCGAUUCGAUUCGGACUACUGAUUAACAGGGAAAAGGAUCUUUAUAUGAUUAUGAUCGAGACCAUUGUUCAGGAUGGAUGACUAUUUUGCUAAGCUGAUUCUGCUUUGUGCAUGGUUAGUGCUCUAUGCCUCCAAAUUGAACGGUGAGGUGGUACAUAUCACAGUGCUGACCAUUGGAUAUACCAAGAUAGAGACAUCCGAUGAUGUACAGUACCAAUGUUACCGCAGUGAACCAGAUAAGGAUGCCACAUUGUCAUUUGGACGAUCUGCACCCAUAACAACAGAUUUGGCACCACCACCAGAAAGGAGACACCCUAAUGAUGUAGAUAUAUGGAUGGUUUGGUUCUCUGAUCAUGGGGAUACUUGGCAUACCAAUGGUUUUGGUCCCUUCUACUGUGAGGCUGCUAAGGAUGCUCGAGAUGUAACAAGGGUCACUACAUUUUUUCAGAGAAAUGAUACUAAAUUCAUACCAAGUGAUGGAGUGUUUACGAGGACAGUCAAUGUGAAUGACACAGGAGUGGUGAUCUCAAUGACUAAUCGAUACCAACCUGAUGAUGAUGGCAAUGUGAUUACAUGGAGGAAAGAUGGUGGUGAUGUUCUCACACAAUUUGAGGGACAGACCAAUAUCAGCUUUCAAAAUCCAAUCCAGAUAUCAGACCGAGGUAUCUAUGAGAUCUAUUAUCAUGGCGAGAGAUAUCAAAACAGAGGAGGAAUGUUCAGACUUAUUGUCAGAGAAUGUCCUGCUGGUAAGUGGGGCCCACCUGAAUGCUAUGAUAUCUGUGAUAACUGCUACAAUGGUGGAGUCUGUGAUGAUAAAUCUGGUCUUUGUAUCUGUCCUAACAACUUCAUGGGAAAAAAUUGUUUAGAAAUUUGUCGGGAGGAUGGUGGAAAUCGUUUUGGCUUAAACUGCGAGUUUAAGUGUUCGUACCGAAAAGCAGAUGGAAGUAAUUGGUGCCAUGGAAAUCUGUUUUGUCUACCUGAUCCUUAUGGAUGUUCAUGUGAUGUUGGUGCUCAUGGUCUUGAAUGCAAUACACCAUGUGAUGUUGGCACAUAUGGUCCAGGAUGCUCACAAACAUGUCACUGUGCUAAUGUAUCAUCAUGUGACCCUUUUAGUGGAAUAUGUACUACAGGUGGAUGUCAGUCUGGCUGGUCAGGGGACAAUUGUCAAAAAUGUGAAGAAGGUAUGUUUGGUCUGGAUUGUCUUCAGCAAUGCCACUGUGCUCCAGAAGCAUGUGAAAAACAGACAGGACUGUGCAAAAGACAGUGUAUUGAUGGCUGGAUUGGACAAUACUGUCAAACAAGAAUAUCACGCUAUGACGUAGAAAGAGUGAAUCCAUACCAACCAUCAAUCAUCACAUGUUAUGCUGAGGGGAUUCCACUUCCUGAUGCCUCAUCAGUUGAUCUUCGUCGACGUACUGAUACCAACACUUAUAAUACCACAGGAAUCACGAAGCGAUCAAGCUCAGUAUUAGGGUCGGAACGGGCUGUUCUUUUUGAUAUUGAAAAUGUUUAUCCACCAGAAGAUGGAUACUAUGUCUGUGGUCUUAUUGUAGAAAACCAGUUCUACCCAAGAAACAUUACUAAUGCAACUUAUGUUCUACCAGUCAUAAAUACGAUACCAUCUAUUGUCAGCACCACUUCAACUUCAGUAUCUCUACAAUGGAAUGCCUGGUCUGCAGGAGAAGACAUAGGCGAUCCUCCUCUUGUAGGAUAUGAUGUAUUUGUAAGAAAAGGUGGCAACUGGGAAACGGAUCAGAGAGUAGGUCACUCUAGCACUUCAGCUAAUGUUAGUAACUUGACUCCUGACACAGACUACAGGUUUCGUGUUGCUGCCGUGAGGGAAGGAGGGGGUGGAACAGGUCCUUGGUCUCCAAGGAUUGAUGCUAUCACUCUUUGUACCGCACCAAUGUCUCCCCCAACUGGAAUACAGGUGACAGCUAACAAUCCUAAGGAACUAAAUGUGACAUGGGAGUUCCUCUCAUUGGAAUCAGCAAACUGCAGGAGUGGUGUGACCCAUUAUAUGAUUUACUAUGCUCUCUCUGGUUCAUCGUCCACAAACUCUCGCAAUGUUUCUAAUGAUACAAGCUCCUAUACGAUAACAGGGUUAGGGACCUAUCUCAACUAUACCAUUCAAAUAAGUGCUUCAAAUAAAGAUGAGGAAGGUGGCAAGAGCAGUGAGACAACUGGCCAAACACAGGAAGAAGUUGCACCUGCACCCAUCAAUCUGUCCAUACCUAGGAGUACCACCAGUACCUUCACUGUUGCAUGGUCCACUCCGCUACCGGCUAACCUGAACGGUGAUAUCCAGAUGUAUGUCAUCCGCUACCAGCAAACCGAUCCACUGACUGCUGAUAACUAUACGUUAGAAGAAGAUACAGACAGUUUGCUUGAGUAUACCGUUGAAGGCCUGCAAGCAGAAACCAAUUACUCAGUGCAGGUGCAGACUGUGAAUGGAGCUGGUUCUAGUGAUUGGUCAGAACCUAUUAAUGCUAAGACAAUAAAAUCAGGGGUGACGCCUGGUCCGUCAGUAGGACCAAUAGUAGGGGGUGUGAUGGGUGCUUUCAUUAUAAUCGCUCUUGUCAUCAUUCUCGUCUUUGGCAUCCUUAGAAAAAGAAGACACCAAAAAGAGCAGGAUUCAAUGCCAAAUAAUAAGACAAAUGGUGUUCCAGCUGUCAUAUACGAAAACCAAGAGAUCGUGGACCAGAACAAGGCAGUUGAUAGCUGUUUGUAUGAUAAUAUGGCCAUCGAGAAGGACACCUACAUGUAUGAAGGAGUUGACCUAUCUACAAUAGGCUCAACCUCAAAACCAGCCAUCCAACCAAGGGUGGAAUCCAAAAACGUAAACGGCAAGCCAGUGGCUGUUGUACGACCCGAGAAACCUGAACCCAAGGAAAGACCUCCACCUCAACCAAAGCCGUUUGCGGUCUAUGCCAAAGAGAAAGCUGACAUUAACCUCCCCAAUGAUAAUGCUAAUAGAUAUGAGGAACCGGGGAAGAAGAGCGACAAGCCAAUGAUUGUGCCCAGAGACCGAUCAAGGAGUCAGGAGAAUCUUGAAGAAAGUGGGGAGCCAGGAGGGGAUAUCUACCAGAAUGUGGCAUCUGUAAAAGUGAUCUUGGCGACAGACCUUGAGGAAUAUGUGAAGGACAAGCAACGUGGACAGACCAGUGAAUUGGCUCAGGAGUUCAAUCUUAUCAGUGCAAACCAAAUACAUCCUUGGACAGUUGCAUUCAAAGAGAAGAACAAGCCUAAGAAUCGCUUCAGGAAUAUCAUCGCAUAUGAUCAUUCUCGUGUUGUGUUAGAGAAAGUGGAUGGUGAUCCUCACUCGGACUACUACAAUGCCAACUAUAUCAAUGACUUCAAAGGAGACAGAGCCUUUAUUGCAUCACAAGCACCUAACACAGCAUCUUUGACUGCUUUCUGGAGGAUGCUCUGGCAAGAGAAUGUUGAAACAAUUGUCAUGGUUACCAACUUGAUUGAAUCAGGAAAGGAUCGUUGUAGGCAGUACUGGCCAAAGAACCCAAGAACCGUUGAAGUAAUUGGUGACUUUUCCCUCUUCUUGGUAGAGACGGAACAAUUCUCAGACCACAUUGUGCGAACUGUUAUGGUUAAAAGGACUGGAGAUGGACUGGAUGAUGACGAUGCAGAUGAGGAGAAGAGAACGAUUACGCAAUACCAUUACCUGUCUUGGCCUGAUAUGGGUGUGCCGGAGCAUUAUACCACCCUCAUCAAUUUCACCGAGUCUGUCAAGAAACACCAUAGGAGGCUGCAAUCUGCAGGGCAUGCAAGUCCUAUGCUUGUUCAUUGCAGUGCUGGCGUUGGGAGGACAGGAACCUUCAUAUGUCUGUACAACAUGCUUGAUAUGAUGAGGGAAGAAGGCAAGGUAGACAUCUUUGGCUUUGUCUCAAAGAUGAGAGACAAUAGGUUCAAGAUGGUCCAGACAAAGGAGCAAUAUAUCUUCCUGUACAAUGCCUUGUUGGAGGUCUACCUGAGUGGUGACACCGAGAUACCAGUUGCCAAAUUUAGAGAGAAGAUGAACACCUUGCACAGAGCAAACUCUGUGACAAAGAAGGAAAAUAUUCAGGUAGAAUUUGAGACUCUUCAUGCAUUGACUCCAACACCGGCUGCUAAUAGCUUUCGAAGUGGCAGGGCCUCCAUUAAUCGAAAGAAGAACCGUUUUCCUGACAUUUUGCCUCUGGAGCGUAACAGGCCAUAUCUUGCAUCAGCCGGGUUUGCUGAUAGUACCGACUACAUCAAUGCCUCAUUCAUGAAUACAUUCCUGAAGAAGGAUGUGUUUCUAGCUACCCAGUCUCCUUUACCUAACACAGUGGUUGAUCUGUGGAGGCUGGUAUUUGAUUGGAAGUGUCCAGUUAUUGUCAUGCUCAAUGAAUUGGAUAGGGAUGACUGUGUCCAGUACUGGCCAGAAGAGGGCAGCAUUGCCUUUGGAUCACUGGAGGUGACCGCUCUGGAAUCGGAGAGUACGAUGAACUUUGUAAAGAGGAAUCUAACCCUUUCUAAUGACUGUGGAGAGAGUAUGACCAUUGAACAUUUUGAGAUGUUAGGAUGGGGGAUGUCACACAACAAACCAGACUCUCCUGUAUCUUUGAUUAAACUCAUUGAAGCUGUAGAGGGCAGCAUCAAGAAGGCAGAGAGCAAGGGACCAGCUAUUGUUCAUUGCAUAAAUGGUAUCGGCCGCAGUGGAGUGUUCUGUGCUUUGUGGUCCAUUAUGGAGAAACUGAGGAAAGAUAAUACCAUAGACAUCUUCCAAGCCGUCAAGAGACUCAGAUCAAGCAGACCAAACAUGGUCGAAACAUUGGAUCAGUACGAGCUUUGCUAUGAUGUCAUAAAUCAACAUUUGCAUCAGUUUGAAGAAUACGCAAAUCUUGACGUGCUGUAAAUCCAAAGAUGAACUCCGUCAUUUGGCCCAGGGUUAUUUUCUAAAUCAAUAACACAAGUUGUAUGUUUAUGUGCAUUUUGUGAUGGCCUUUUUUUGAAACACUGUAACCUCUUCAUUCACCUACACAGUAUGUACAUCAGUGAAUGAAGAGGAAACAUGAUCUCUGCAGACCUGAGAUGGGUAACUCGGCUCAAGACCCAUGAACACAAAGCCGAGCAAUUGAUUAAUGAAGAAAAAUUGUAUAAAAAAGGGUAGAUUAUGAUCAAUCCAGUUAUGUUACAUUAAUCUGUCCUAAUAUCAAUUGGUAAGUCAAGUGAAUGAGAGCCACUCAACCACUUAAUCCUCUUCAUCCAAGCAUCAACUUCCUCAAUGAGCAUUUUCAUUGAGAAGAACAUGAUAUCUUUAAGAGUUAAGUUUGUGCUUAUUUUAUUAGAAAAUGACUCUGGACAUUCUCUUUUUGAGGUCAACGACUCUGGUCAUUCUCUUUUUGAGGUCAAUGGUCCAAACCCAGUGUCAUGUCUAUUUGGAGAUGAUUGAUACAUGUCUGUGAGAGCAUGAUUAUACUCAUUCCCAUAAUAACAAUGUGUUAUGUAUUGCCAUAUUACCUGUCUCAUUAAAAAGUAAGAAAAGUAAUUAAAUAAUUGAUAUACAACUCGUACAUUUCAAGCAACUAUUUUGUAAAAUGUGGUCCCUGUCUUCUAACCCUAAUCCUAGAUGUAAUACUUCAAAACACUCAGUCUGACCCUCUUCUCUAUUAGGAUCAAGCAAUUCUAUUUGGGAAGAACGAUACGAUAUGUCCUGUUAGACUAAAAACUGUUUUUAUGAUAUCUGUGAUUUCUUUUAAUGAGGUUAUGUUUAAAGCUGGCUUUUUGAUGUAAUUAGUUACACACUGUAUCUUUUGAGUAAAUUAUUUUAUGUAUACACAAACACAUUUCUACUACUUUCAUAAAAGUUAGGAAGUUUUUUUUAAGUAUUGAAAGUUUAUUGAAACUCAAGACCCUGUAGGGGUAUAUGAGUACAAUGAAAAUUUACAACAUAACACAUCUACAUAGAACAAUUUACAAUAAUAAUGAAAUGUUGAUAUGCCUAUCUCUAGAUUAUAAGUAAUGGUAAUUGUAUUGAUGAUGUUUGACUAUUUUAUCAUGUUUACCUUUAUAACAACUCUUUUGAAUAGAAUUUUAAACUGUGCUCCUCUAUGUAAGCUCAGGUUGUAAUUUGGAUAGGUUGAUUUCUCACUUCUUUUAUAUUCAUUAAAUGUUUGAAUCUUAACAGCACCUGGAAUAUGAGAAAUCUCACUUGAAUUUGUUUGUUAUGUUCAUUUGCUAUGACUUGCCCAAUUAAAUGAAUGUGAAACAAGUACUUAAAUCAUGAUAAGCAAUCACGAUGUGACAAAUUUACCUUCCUUUAUGUUCUUUUUUCCCCAAACAUAUUAACAAUUAACUUUCCCCUCAUGUGUCGUAAUCAAGAGGAUUAUUCAUGGAAUAUGUUUUUACUUUGAUAAAUCAGAAAGAUAUUGUAAUGUUAUACAUACCAGUACUAAUAUAUGUGUUUCUAUCAGGAAAUUAGGCCAAAAUAGUACUUCCAAAGUUUAUUUAACUUACAAAUGAAAUUAUUGUGGUAAUAAGUUAAUUGUAUUGGCCAUUUUGGGUUUCUUUUUGUAGUAGUUGCUUUGUUAUGACCUCACCAUGUAGCAUAUUAUACAAGGUUUUUGCAAGUGUGGAUUUAACUGUUAAGAUGUAUGCCUCUGUUUGGGAUAUUGUAUUUUUAUGCCUUUAACUGGAAUAAUAUAGUUAAUGUUUCAUUUGAAAAAAUUGUAUGCACUUUCUUUGUACUGCUUUUAGAUCGAUAAAGAACUGACUUGUAUAUUUUGCUGUUUCAUAGGUAAUGACUAAAUUUAUAUUUUAUUUUUCAAGUGAUAUAUUAUAUUUUGGACAUUGAAUUCCAUUCUUGCUGAAUAAAUAUUGAAAUAGUACUAUUGACAAUACAUUUAAGAUGUUUAUAUUGUGAAAUGUAUAUUGUACUUCACUACACAUAAUUUUGGAAAAUUCUACUGUUUUCUUUAUUGUUAGAAAUUUCAUAUUGACAAUAUUUUUUUCUUUAUUACCCUUGACCACCUGGAAUAACCUGUUUUUUUUAAUAUGUCUCUUAUAGA